AUGUCCUCGUACUUGUUCAAAGAUGCUGUGUUCCAGUAUCUAAUAGACUUGCCGCAGUCCAUGAAGUUCAAGUUGUUUGAGUCGCCUGCAACAUGUCUCGCCAUCUAUCGACUCUUACCCACUUUGGCCAAAUUCUACAUCAUGUCGAUGGUCUUCAACGAAAAGAAAAUCAUCUUGAAAAAUUUUGACAAUUGGAUUAAACCUGAUCCAUUGAACAAGAAAAUCAAAAACGAAUCCUUGCAGAAGUUACUUGACUUGAAUUUGAUAGAAACAGAACACAAUAACUUGAUCAUCAAGAUAAACUCAAUUUUCAGACAAAACUUUAGGAACGCAUUAAUUGGUGAAAAUUCGAUUUCUCUUCAAUCAAACAAAAUCACUGUUGAUUUCUUGGAUAAUUAUGCUACAAACAAAUGGGAAUCCACUCUUCAUUUCAUGGUCGGAACUAAAUUAAUUUCAAAUCCAAGUAAAGGCACCAUCAAGUUAUUGGAAAGCAGUGGGAUUAUGGAAGUGAUCGAUGAGCAUAACAGUAAUGAUACUUUGUUACCUGAUAAUUUUUCAGCGACUAAUUUGAAAAUAACUAAAAAAGGGUUCCAAUUCUUAUUACAAAAUGUGAAUACUCAAAUUUGGACUUUAUUAUUACAAUAUCUUAAAAUUGCCGAAACUUUACAAAUGGAUAGAGUUGAUGUCUUGAAUUUUAUUUUCAUGCUAGGUUCAUUAGAAUUAGGUCAAUCUUACUCUCUAACUUCAUUAAGCGAUACCCAGAUAAACAUGUUAAGAGACUUGAGAGAUUAUGGUUUAGUUUACCAAAAAAACUCAAAAAGCAAAAGAUUUUAUCCAACAAGAUUGGCUACAACCUUAACAUCCGAUACAAUUGCUUUAAAAUCUGCUUCGACUGCAAUGGAUCAAGCACUAAAAUCAAAUAAUAAAGAUAAUAAAAACUCCGCUACCAAUUUGGACACCUCCUCAAAUACUGCUUCGAUCAACGGCUCAAUAAUAAUCGAAACAAAUUUCAAACUAUAUUGUUACACAACUUCUCCUCUACAAAUCGCCAUUCUAAAUCUCUUUGUUCAUCUAAAACAACGGUUUCAAAAUAUGGUAACUGGCCAAAUUACAAAGAAAUCAAUAGAUUAUGCCUUAAAAUCAGGUAUAUCAUCUGAUCAAAUUAUUAAAUAUCUUGAAAUCAAUGCUCAUCCACAAAUGAAAAAAUUGGCUCAAGAAGAAUUAAAUAAAAAAUUAGAAUUGAUUGCAAACAAAGUAAUUGCUUCUGCUUCACAAGAACUACAAAUUAUUCCACCGAACGUCGUUGAUCAAAUACGUUUAUGGGAAUUAGAGUUGGAUAGAAUUCAAAGUUCAAUAGGUUAUUUAUUUAAAGAUUUCAGUUCAAUACAACAGUAUUUAGCAAUCAAAAAAUACUCCGAUGAAAUUGGAGUAUUGUUAUGGAGCCAUGAUAACUCAAGGAGGCUUUUUGUCACCAGUGAAGGAAAACAGCAAAUAGCUGACUAUAUGAUGAGAAGAUCCAAUAAGGCCUCGAAUAGAGAAAGGCCUAAAUAA